AUGUCGGGCUCUCCAGGAAUAAGCUUUGUCGAGACCUCCCAUACUCACGUACCAGACAGUGAUGAUAUGGACGACCUUCAUCUUCCCCAGCUCCAUGUCGCAUCCGCCAUCCCAGAUGACAACCUUGAGGAUAAAAUCUCGGAAAAACUCGAACAGUUAGAGGAUGAAUGGCAAGAUGACCCAAUCAACCCCAGGAAUUGGUCUCCAGCAAAAAAAUGGACAACCACUUUAAUCGGUGCAUUCUACACUUUUGUCACGCCAUUGGCCAGUACUAUCAUGGCACCUGGUUUGCCCGACCUGGCCAUAAAAUAUGGCAUAACCGAUCCAACAAUCACAGCGUUGACUCUCAGUAUCUUCCUUCUGUCAUUCGCCAUCGGUCCUUUAUUUGCCGCACCCUUGUCCGAAGUCUAUGGUCGUGUAUGGGUACUCCACUUAUCGAACCUACUUUUCCUUGUGUGCAAUCUCGGCUGCGCUUUGUCACCCAAUACCACAUCUUUAAUCGUCUUUCGGUUUUUAGCUGGUUUUGCCGGGAGUGCACCCGUAGCAAUUGGUGGAGGUGUCGUUAGCGACCUCUUCUCCGAACGUGACCGUGCUUGGGCUAUGGCAGUAUACAAUGUCGGACCUGUGAUAGGUCCCGCCGUUGGCCCCGUUAUGGGAGGCUUCAUCGCAGAGUCGAUCGGCAUAAAAUAUGAUUUCUACGUCGUCGUUGCUAUGUGUGCUAUUGCCGCAGUGCUUGGCAUUCCUCUUUUGAGAGAAUCCUAUGCACCGGUCAUCAGGCUUCGUCGUGGAAAAAUGGCUACGGAUCCCGAGAAGAUAGUUGCAGGACAUCCAGCGCUCACAGCACACCACGUAGGCAAAUGGGCUUACUUAUGGAUCAACCUCAAGCGACCGGUCAUACUUUUGGCCCGAAGUUUGAUAUGCUUCAUGCUGAGCUUAUACAUGGCCCUGAUGUACGGUAUCUACUACUUGAUGUUUGCUACUUUCCCAGACCUCUUUUCGGGCGUAUACCACUUCAGCACCGGAGUCUCAGGUCUAGCAUACAUUGGAGUUGGCGUUGGAUUCCUAUCUGCUACAAUACUCGGCGCCAAACUUUCCAACAUGACAUAUACAUACCUUGCUGCAAAAAAUGGAGGAAAGGGUAAACCAGAGAUGCGUGUGCCUCCUCUGAUAAUAGGCUCGGUGAUCGUCCCGGUGGGACUAUUUUGGUAUGGCUGGUCUGCCCAAGCCGAGCUCCACUUCAUGAUGCCCAUCAUCGGUACUGCUAUCUUUGGAUUCGGAUUAAUGACUACUUUCCUCCCCAUCCAACUAUACCUCGUAGAUACAUUUACAUACGCCGCAAGUGCUGUGGCGGCUGCUUCUACAUUCCGCUCACUAUUCGGGUUCGCAUUCCCCCUCUUUGGACAACAAAUGUUUGCUGCACUUGGUUAUGGGGGAGGCAAUUCCCUCCUUGCAGGUCUUGCUAUCAUCAUCGGUAUACCCUUCCCCAUCUGGAUAUAUUACGCUGGCGAACGUAUGCGUGCAAAGAGCUCUUUGACCCGUUGA